UGUUGAGCAAUGGAAAAAGCAUGAUCAUCUUAAGGUGUCGAACGUGCCGGCGGUGCGGUUUACAGCUGCUCAUUUGCUGCUUUAUUUGUUUGUGUUUUUGUUCGUCUGUGUUUUUGCAGGUGUGUGUAAACUGACAGGAGUUUACUGCACAAACACCUUGAAAAUGUAUUGCGCAGUUCCCCAUCUUACAAGUUCUUGCACAGUAUACACUCGAAUAAAGAUGGACACUAUAUAACAACUGUGCAGAAAAUUCUCAUUGAUCCAGUAGACAUUAGGACAAGAGAAAGAGCAACAGCUUAAAUCAGCCAUGAAGAUGCUCUACAAGUGCCUGCGGAUCUUGCUGGGCUUCUUAAUAAUUGAGGAAAUGACAACUGGACAAGAAGAGAAUGCAGCACUAUGGGGCGAAACUAGUGAGUCAUCCAAUUAUGGAAACUGGCUACCUACACAUGCUAUUGAUGGAGUGUUGACCACCUGGGCCCACACUGAAUUAGAGACCGACCCGUGGUGGAGAGUGGAUCUACUGAAAGUAUACAGAGUGAACAGAGUCAUCAUCACCAAUAGAAAUAGCUAUGCUGAUAGAAUUAACGGGGCAGUGAUUCGUGUUGGGAACUUUCUUGAUGUUUACAACAACACCAUAUGUGGUGUGAUUUCUACUCUUGCGGCCAGUGCCACCGUCACUUUCUCAUGCGGUGGGAUGCUGGGACGUUAUGUGGUUGUUCACAUUCCUGGAGAUCAGAAGUUUCUUACUCUUGCUGAAGUUGGAGUCUAUGGGUAUUUGGCAGGAAAUCGGGCAGUAGCAGGAGCUGUUCUACAGUCAUCAACAUCUGGGGACUGGUUUGCUGAAAAGGCCAUUGACAGUAAUCGUGGUCUCCAGCAGUUGUAUACGGGAUGCUCCUCAACCAACAAUGAGACUAACCCAUGGUGGAGGCUGGAUCUGCGUGAUGUUUACCGCGUUAGUGAAGUGGUCGUCACUAACAGAAAUGACUGCUGUGCAGAUCGAAUAAAAGGAGCUGAGAUUCGCAUUGGAAACUCUUUGGAGAACAACGGCAACAACAAUCCCAUAUGUGCUGUUAUUCCUGCUAUUCCAGCAGGCGAGUCCUACAGCUACUCAUGUGGUGGGAUGGAGGGACGUUAUGUGAAUCUGAUCAUUCCUGGAAAUUGGAAGAUUCUCACUCUUUGUGAGGUUGAAGUCUACGGGUAUUUGGCAGCAAAUCUGGCAGUAAAUGGAGCUGCUGCACAGUCAUCAACAACUAUGGACUGGAUUGCUGAAAAAGCCAUUGAUCGAGGUCUCCAGCAGUUGUAUACGGGAUGCUCCUCGACUCUCAGUGAGACUAACCCAUGGUGGAGGCUGGAUCUGCGUCACAUUUACCGAGUUAACAGAGUGGUCAUCACCAACAGAAAAGACUGCUGUGCAGAACGAAUAAAUGGAGCGCAGAUUCACAUCGGAAACUCUUUGGAGAACAACGGCAACAACAAUCCCAUAUGUGCUGUUAUUCCUGCUAUUCCAGCAGGCGAGUCCUACAGCUACUCAUGCGGUGUGAUGGAGGGACGUUAUGUGAAUCUGAUCAUUCCUGGAGACAUGAAGAUGCUCACUCUGUGUGAGGUGAAGGUCUAUGGAGAAGGUCCCUGUUUAAAAAGAUCAUUUGUGAAAAUGCUGUUUAACUCUAGCAAGGAUUUGAGCGACUCUGCAAUAAGAGAAAAUGUUCUGAAACAGUUAGGAUCUGCUCUAGCUGAUAGAGGAUUCACAGACGUGACGCUGCGUUGGUCUCAAACUCCUAAACGGGUGAUUCAGAAGGUGAACGCUGCUAGAGGAUUCAUUGCUGGAUUAAAGUCAACGCGUUUGUUUCGACGGACAGAAGGCUUCUCGUUUCUGCACAUGAGGACAUCGUUUCGUCAAGACGACUCUGGACUCUUUGGAUUCGACUCAGUGGUUUCGUUUGGAUUAUAUUGCUUCUGGUUUGCCGCAUUGUUGGAUUUACGCUGCGCGCUCGUCUCUUCAGGCCAGAAAAACUCGACAAUAGGGGUUUUAUUGAUCGAGGAAAUGGCAACUGGACAAGAAGAGAAUGCAGCACUAUGGGGCGAAACUAGUGAGUCAUCCAAUUAUGGAAACUGGCUACCUACACAUGCUGUUGAUGGAGUGUUGACCACCUGGGCCCACACCAAAUUAGAGACUGACCCGUGGUGGAGAGUGGAUCUACUGAAAGUAUACAGAGUGAACAGAGUCACCAUCACCAAUAGAAAUGACUAUGCUUCUAGGAUUAACGGGGCGGUGAUUCGUGUCGGGAACUUUCUCAAUGUUUACAGCAACGCCAUAUGUGGUGUGAUUUCUACUCUUGCGGCCAGUGCCACAGCCACUUUCUCAUGCAGUGGGAUGGAGGGACGUUAUGUAGUUGUUCAUAUUCCUGGAGAUCAGAAGUUACUUACUCUUGCUGAAGUUGGAGUCUAUGGGCAUUUGGCAGGAAAUCGGGCAGUAGGAGGAGCCGUUCUACAGUCAUCAACAUCUGGGGACUGGUUUGCUGAAAAGGCCAUUGACGGUAAUCGCGGUUUCCAGCUGUUGUAUACGGGAUGCUCCUCAACCAACAAUGAGACUAACCCAUGGUGGAGGCUGGAUCUGCGUGAUGUUUAUGGUGUUAGUGAAGUGGUCGUCACUAACAGAAAUGACUGCUGUGCAGAUCGAAUAAACGGAGCUGAGAUACGCAUCGGAAACUCUUUGGAGAACAACGGCAACAACAAUCCCAUAUGUGCUGUUAUUCCUGCUAUUCCAGCAGGUGCGUCCUCCAACUACUCAUGCAGUAGGAUGGAGGGACGUUAUGUGAAUCUGAUCAUUCCUGGAGAUUGGAAGGUUCUCACUUUUUGUGAGGUUGAAGUUUACGGGUAUUUGGCAGAAAAUCUGGCAGUAAAUGGAGCUGCUGCACAGUCAUCAACAUCUGCAGACUGGUUUGCUGAAAAAGCCAUUGAUCGAGGUCUCCAGCAGUUGUAUACGGGAUGCUCCUCGACUCUCAGUGAGACUAACCCAUGGUGGAGGCUGGAUCUGCGUCAAAUUUACCGAGUUAACAGAGUGGUCAUCACCAACAGAAAAGACUGCUGUGCAGAACAAAUAAACGGAGCGGUGAUUCGCAUCGGAAACUCUUUGGAGAACAACGGCAACAGCAAUCCCAUAUGUGCUGUUAUUCCUGCUAUUCCAGCAGGCGAGUCCUACAGCUACUCAUGUGGUGGGAUGGAUGGACGUUAUGUGAAUCUGAUCAUUCCUGGAGACAUGAAGUUGCUCACUCUCUGUGAAGUUAAGGUCUAUGGAGAAGGUCCCUGUUUAAAAAGAUCAUUUGUGAAAAUGCUGUUUAACUCUAGCAAGGAUUUGACCGACUCUACAAUGAGAGAAAAUGUUCUGAAACAGUUAGAAUCUGCUCUAGCUGAUAGAGGAUUCACAGACGUGACGCUGCGUUGGUCUCAAACUCCUAAACGGGUGAUUCAGAAGGUGAACGCUGCUAAAGGUCAUUGUAGUAAGGAAAAUUAAUACUUUGGAAAUCAACGCCUUUAAUUCACUACAUUCACAUUUAUUAAAGACAAUGAUCUUGAUUCUAA